CUUGGAUCACAGUUCAUCACCAACUCUAGAAGGAGAUCAUGAUGGCCACGGAUGAGACCUCCCAGGACACCAUGCGGCUCCAGUUCAAGGCAAUGCAGGAGCUGCAGCACCGCAGGCUGCAGAAGCAGAUGGAGGCCAAGAGGGACAAGAGCUUGCGCCUCCAGAGCCAUGCUGGUGACCAGGAAGGGCCCUCAGGGGUCCCCGAUGACCUCAGCCCCCUCCUUGCUGGGGAGCAGGACUUGCAGGGUGUCUUCCAGCAGAGGGCGCUAGAAGAUGAGAUCCAGCAGCUACGCGAGGAGCUCCGGGAGACGACGGAUGAGAAUGGGCGGCUGCAUAAGCUGCUGAAAGAGAGGGACUUCGAAAUCAAGCACCUCCGGAAAAAAAUAGAAGAGGACAGACUGGCCUUCGCAGGCAUGGCCGGCCCUGCGGGAGACAUGGUUGCCACCAAAGUCGUGGAGCUGUCCAAAAGGAACCGCAUGCUGGUGGCUGAGUCGGAGGGCGCACAAACGAGGGUGAAGCAGCUGAGUGGCCGCAUCCAGGAGCUGGAGCGGGAGCUGCAGACAGCCCUGGCCAGGCUGCCAGCCCAGGGGGCCACAGACGCAGGAGCCAAGCCGCCGAGGGCCCCGAUGGGAGAUAGUGCCUUGCCAGAGAUCCCCGAGGUGAAGGCCCUGCAGGACCGGCUGGCAGCCACGAACCUGAAGAUGAGUGACCUGCGCAACCAGGUCCAGGCUGUGAGGCAGGAGCUGCGUGCAGCCCACAAGGUUUUGGCCAGCGAAGUUGGGGAAGAUGUGAACGUGCAGCAACUCCUAUCCUCGCCAGGGACCUGGAGGGGACGAGCUCAGCAGAUCCUUGUCCUGCAGAGCAAGGUCCGGGAGCUUGAGAAGCAGUUGGGACAGUCCCGGAGCAGGUCUGCGGGGACAGCCUGUGACGAGCUGUCUGUCCACCCAGACCCCAGGAAGCUGUCACCAAAGGAGAGGAACAUGCAGAGGAUCCGCAGCCUGGAAAGGGAAAGGCAGGAAGGCUGGGAGAAGCUCUUGGGCGAGCGCGAUGCCCUCCAGGGCGAGCUGGAGGGGCUGCGGAGGAAGUUUGAAGGUGUGCGCUCCCGGAAUAAGGUCCUGUCCAGCGAGGUGAAGACACUGCGGGGCCAGAUGGGGACCCUGGCAGAGAAGGGCAGGCAUGACGACGAGCUCGUUGACGCCCUCAUGGAGCAGCUGAAGCAGCUUCAGGAGACACUGAGGAGCCUGAGCCUGCAGGAGGAGAAGAUGCACGCGUCCCAGCGCUGCCAGGACCAGAAGGCCCACAGCGAGGCCCAGAGGAGCAGCAGCCUGGUAGCCCAGCUGCAGGCCAUGGUGGCCGAGCGGGAGGCCAAGGUGCAGCAGCUGGAGCUGGAGAUCAGGCAGCUCGGCAUGCAGUACCUCCAGGACAAAGGAGCCAGCACCGGGCCCUCUGGGCCUGAGGUCCAGCACUUGCGCCCUGGCUCGGCCAGGUCCCCGGGCUCCUCAGGCAAGCACGCCAGCCAGCUGGGAUCCUCUCGCGCCGUGAGCAGCCUGGGCCACACACUGGUGGAGUCCGCACUCACGAGGCCAUCUCUGUCUGCCCCCCAGGGGACCACACCCAGGUUCUCAGACCCAAUGGAGCAGGAAGGCUGGCAGGCUCAGGUGGCAGAGACCAAGGCUCUAUGGCAGGCCACCGAGGUGGAGCGGGACCGGCUCGCUGAGUUUGUCACUGUGCUGCAGAAAAGGGUGGAGGACGGCAGCACCAAGCUCCUGGAGGUUGAGAGGGAGCUGCGGGCAGCGCGGCAGCGCUCUGCAGUACUGGAGCGGCAACUCGGGAAGGCGCGGCUGGAGCCUGGCAGGGGUGCAGCCCGGGGCAGAGCAGGUCUGCCUGCCUCUAGCACCAGGAAUAACCUGACAGGGAGCGAGAAGAAGGCCCCAUCCUCUGCCCAGCUGCCUGUGGAAUCCAGGGUAGAGGAGCUGACUUGCAGGCUGGCCGUGCAGGUGGAGGAGAACGAGCUGCUGCGUGCCGCGCUGGGCAGCGCCCUCAGGGGCAAGGAGGAGGACUUUCGCGAGUACCGUGAGACGCUGGCCCAGGUGAAGGGGGUUUUCCUGCAGGCCCUGCGGCAGCAGCAAGCUAACAGCCACUAGAAGGGUGGCCCGGCGACCGUGGGCUCCCCAAAGCUGUCUCGAGCCCUUCGGGAUGGCCUGGCCCGGGCUGGCAGGCAGAGAGAGCCUCUGGGCACCUGGGCACCAUCGGCCACUGCUGGGGACAACAGCCACAAGGAGACUGACGGGAUCCGCUGGACUGGGGUCCCCUGUGUGCCCACUACCAGCACCAUCUGUGCCUUCUCCCCUGCCCUGGGCACUGGCUUCCCACUUGCUGUGGCCAGGACUUGGAAUAAUAACCACCACCUCCGUAACCUGAGUCCGUGCGUGUUUCCUGCCCGCCUCUUGGAGUCAGUGCUACCAUUGGGUCACCCGUGAGACUGGGCUUCAAGGCUGCUGGGCUGCCGGGCACCAGGGACAGGCCCACAGCUGAGCAGACCGUCCAGCCCAGGCACCUCCCGACACUCCCAGAGGAAGCUCAAUGGACACAGGGCAGGGGCCAAGGGGCUGCGCCUGGGUGUGCGCAGAAGGCUUUCAAGGCAGUGGCUCUGGCCCGGCCUGGAAUUCUACCUUCUCUGCAUUGUCACGGUGUCCUCUCAGCUGCCCGGUGAGCCACCCAGAGCUGAGGUGUGCAGGCGCACAGGUGAGCAGAUGGUGCGGGCGCACGGCACCCCCAGGAGAUUAGUCAUGUGGGCCUGGCCGGCAGGCGCACCAGUGUCCUCUCAGCACCACCCGGGCUCCUGGACACUAGCUGAGCAGGCCCCAGCCCUCUGCCCUUGGCUGGCAUCGCCAAUGGA